AUGCUGCGUCCACUGACCUUCGCUGCGCUUCUCGCGCUGGUGACCGCGCAGCUCCAAGAGAAGAAGCUCUGCACGGCGACCGGGCUCAUUGUCUCGGAGUACUACGGUCGCAUCUUCACAGACUUGUUCCGACACAGCAACAAUGAGCGCUUUCUGUACAACGCCACGGCCAAGUCCUUGAUGACCAAGAGCAACGGCCAGUGCCUCGAGGCGCAGCCGUUGCCGCCGCACCCGUACUUUGCCUACGGCCUUCUCAAAACGGCGCCGUGCGAUAUCUCCAAGCAGAUGCAGCAGUGGACGAUCGAGAACGACCGCGUCUUCAUCGCAGAGUCCACAUCGCUGCCCGCCUACUGCCUCGAAGCGCACUCGAUCUUCCAGCCUGGUUCGGACGCCGGCGUCGCGCCCUGCGACUUUGGCAAGGUCACCACCACCACCAUGGUCGACUGCGCGACGGUCAAGACGACGUUUGUCGCCAUCAAGACGCUCAAGAGUGGCAACCGCCUCAGCGAGUACUACUCGAACCUGUACGUCAACGCGCCGGCCAACAACUUUAACGAGCUCUUCACGUGGGACCAAGCCAACAAGAUGCUCAAGGUCGCCAGCAACAACCAGUGCUUGGACGCGUACAAGGACAGCGCCGAUGGCAAGUUCAAGCUCCACACCACCAAGACACUCGAGCACGCGACCCAUGCUGGUCAGUGCCUGGACGCCGACCCGACGUACGCCGACCGCCACGCGCAAAUGUGGGCGUGCACGCCCAACAACGUCAACCAGCAGUGGUCCAUCGAUACCUUCUUUGGGUAA